UUUGACAUGUGAUGACCUCUAUUGACCUUACGUAAGCAGGAAGUCGACUCGAGCUCACUGAGCUGGUGUGCGUGAUUUCGACCUUGCAUAUCCAUCUGCAUCUGCGACUGAAUAUCUAUUCAAAUAAUUUAACCGCCGAAACCUGUCAACGACUCGUUUGUGGAAAAUGGCCGACGAUACUGAGAAGACAUGGGGACCAAAGCAUUUCAUACAGAACACCCCAUGUGCACGGAACUCUUUUCUGUAUGGGAUGGGAGGAGGAGCCGUCGGGGGAUUUGCAUAUUUCUUGUGGACAAGCAAUCCCAGAAGAUCAUACCAUGCCCUCAUGAUAUCUUUUACAGCAACAGUGCUCCUGUACUGGGUUCCAUGUCGAUAUCAGUAUGCACAGAAGCGCAUCAAGCAGAGGAUGAUAAACCGAGGUCUGAAGACACACAUAGCCAUGCAGGGCACACCAGAGGCAGAACUAUUAGCUUCAGCACAGGAGCCAGGGUCCAAGUCUUGACUUAAAGCUAACUCCUGUGAAUACCUAUAACACCUGUCCAAGAUAUCCGGGGGGGGGGUAUCUAAGAUUGUUGCCUUCUUAGUUUUAUGCCUUCUGGCCCCCAGUGAACAUUAGUCAUAAGUGAUACAUGUGUUGCAUAUCCUUUAUGAUAUAUUUCUCAUGGUAUCACAAAGUCUACUCAAUACAAUGCAACUGAUCUGUAUUCACAUGUUGCUUUUUUUAUAUUUGAGUUGAAGCAAUAAAUAGUACAUGUA